ACGUUUACCCCCCUCUACUAUUGCCCAUCUCUAACUGCAAAACAAGCAAAUUGGGGGACUUAUUUAUUUGUGAAGAAAAAUGGACUUGCAGGUGUUAAUGCAGCAAAUGUACAGCGGUACGGCGGCCAUGCCGAUGAUGAUGCCGCCCCCGCACCUGAAUGGCUACGGAUACGGCAUAGCCCCAGGACAACAGCAGCCUUUUUGUCCGUUUCCCCUCAACGGAAGCAGCGUCGACCAGGUUGUGGACGAACAGGCGGACGAAGACGAGGAGGAAGAUGAGGAGCAGCGGACGCUUUUCUGCGGCAAUCUCGACGAGCGCGUCACAGAGGAGAUCCUUUACGAGGUCUUCCUGCAAGCCGGUCCCAUCGAGUUUGUGCGGAUACCCACGGACAACACGGGGCGGCAAAGAAAUUUUGGGUUUGUUACCUACCAGCGUCUGUGCGCCGUGCCCUUUGCCUUGGACCUCUACCAGGGCUUGGAGUUGUUCAACAAGAAAUUGACCAUCAAGCAGCAGGGAGCCGACAAAGCCAGGCAAUCGCCAUCGUUCAACCAUAGUCGCCUACGCAACCCGUUUAUGCUGGAGUCUCCAUCUCAAGCGUCGCCCCCGCACCACUCCCGGCACAGUUUGCAUGGCGCAAGGCCCUACGACCGGAAUCCGUUUGGGAACAACGGGGACCAGCGGCGACGCAGCGACAGUUCCGUAAUGGAACGCAGCCGGCCGAGGAUGCAGCCACAGCAGCACCACCAGCACAUGCAGGGCGGGAGCAGAAGGUCGGACCAACGACACAACAACAAACGCCGAUUACUUUGAUUUUUGAAAAUGCUUUUAACUAGCCUUUAAAUAUAUCGUAGGAGUACGUUAAGAUCACAAAAGAA